AUGCCCCCUGGUACAAAGCAAACAAAGCGCAAAAAGCGCAAAAACCAUAAACCAAAGCGCACGCCCCUCGCCGCCUUUUUCGCUCAAUUCAAUUCAUUCUCUUUCGACGAAAACCAGUCCUCAAACAAGAACUUAGACCGCCUCAUCAAGGUCCUGAGAUGUGAUGUCCAAGAUCCGGAGAGGCGCGAAGUAUGCAAGGGGUUCAAAGACGCGCUCGUUCAGGAAUUCAAUGAGCGUUUCGGGAAUGACGGAAACAAUAUUUCGAACUGGCAGAAUUUAUGCCGUGUGCUGAGAAUCGAUCCUGUUCCGGAUUCAAUUGAGGCGUGUCGUCACUGCGUUUGGGACACGCGUGUCAACCUUGUAGACCUGGUUGAUUCAGCGAGGACUGGGAAGCCUGCAAAGCUGUUUCCGACCUUGGGAGAGUUGACAGCAUAUACUCUCCAGGAACCAGAGAAAUUCUUUCCGAAGGAGAAUAUGUAUCAAGGCGGGAAGGAGUUGCUAAAGGAGAUCACAGACCCGCACUUCGGGAAACGGAUGAAUGGGAGUGCGAAGAGAAAAGAAAGAAAGAAGAAACAGAAGGCCGCAAGGGCAGCAGCAGGAGGUGACUGAAUGUAUGUUUAGUGGUAAAAACUGACCGGAGCUGUCUCUUUGAAUUCGUUUCGCAACGUUCACUUUCAUUACCUUC